GAGCAGCCUUGCGCCUGUAAUGUUGUCGUUCUCAGUGCUUUCGUUUUUGUAACCGUUUAUCGUGCGCGUGUGCUUUCGUCCAACUUACCCGAUCUGCACGAUCUGCUCUGCCUUGAAUAUGGGUUUACUGUCAUUGCUCCGAAAGUUACGUCCUAAUCCCGAUAAAGAGGCGCGCAUACUGCUGCUCGGCUUGGACAAUGCGGGCAAGACCACCAUACUCAAACAAUUGGCAUCAGAGGAUAUUACAACAGUGACACCCACGGCAGGCUUCAACAUCAAAUCCGUGGCUGCCGAUGGCUUCAAAUUGAAUGUCUGGGACAUUGGCGGUCAGUGGAAGAUACGACCAUAUUGGAAGAACUAUUUUGCCAAUACAGAUGUAUUAAUCUAUGUAAUUGACUGCACAGAUCGAACCCGGCUUUCCGAAGCAGGCAGCGAACUCUUUGAAAUGUUGUUGGACAAUCGCUUGAAGCAGGUGCCUUUGCUAGUUUUUGCGAACAAACAGGACCUGCCCGAGGCUAUGAGCGCCUCCGAGGUGGCCGAAGCGAUGGGUCUGGUGCGAUUGGAGGAGCGUUCCUGGGAGAUUAAGGCCUGCACCGCAGUUGACGGCACUGGGCUAAAGGAGGGGAUGGAUUGGGUGUGCAAGAAUAUGAAAAAAUAGAGUGUGCCCUUUUCAAAAAGUUAGCUAAUAUGUGUUUUGUUAUAAGUAUGUAGCUAUGUAUUGCACCACAAGCGCCUCGAAGCAAAUAAAGCUCGAUUCUCUAGUUACAUUUGUAAGCUUUGGUUAA